CUCUUCUUCAACUGCAGGGGGUUAGACAUAAGAUAAUUUGAAGAAAGAAAAAAAGAGAGCAAAAGGAUGUUGGAAACUCUCUCUUAUACUUUUGUAAAUUCUUCCAUUUUCUCCGUAAUGCAUUCGUUUUCUAAUGUUUUCUCGUCUUGAAAAGAAGCUUUUCGAGCUGUGAAAAUGAAGAGAAUAACUAGGUCACGGUUUGAUCCGAAUACUCGUGAAGAGGACAAUAAUCUGCAGGAAGAUCAACUACUUGAGAAUGGUGCAACUUCAAGCUCCGUUGAGCCUCCAAAUUCAGCAGCAAAGCCUCCAUCUGAGCAAUCUCUGACGCCGAAAAUUGCAAGUAUUCUUGACAACAAUGUGUACGAGGUGCCUAUAAAGGCUAUUCCAGAAUCAGCGGAGUGGAUAUUUUUAGUGGUUGCCCUCGGCCUAGAGAUGUUAUCAGCUGCUUUCGACCAGGCUUCGUCCCCAAGUAAACCCCACUACGCGCUACUGAGCAUGCUGUGUGCUGUUGCAGCUCUUCUUACUACCAUCUGGGAGCUCACUUACAAGGCUAUAAGAGAAAGAGUGGUAUUAAGGAGGUCGGGAUUGCUAAUGCUGCCCUACUUUUAUUAUCCGCCUCCUCGGAACACAGUUUUCGGUGAUCUCUAUGACAUUUAUGGAUUAGUUGGCGGGAUCUCUCAGUCCGCUUGCUCUGCAGUUCAGUACGUUUACUUUCUCUGGCACGCUGAUAAUCCAAUCAAAUCAUCCCUCUUGCCAGCCAUCUUCCUUAUGUGUUUGGGUGGUUCGAGACUAAUAGGAACCGGAGGUUCAGUAGUAAUGUUGAUAGCAACAAUAUUUUGUUGACGAGGGAGCUGACCGCCAACCGACCUUUGCUCGAUGAUUCUUCUACUUCUGCUUGGAGUCUCAGUGUCCAAACCGAACGAGAACCAUCAAGCAGCUUACAAUUAUUUUUCGGUAAAAACCCCUCACCCACAGUUUUCACUGCGAGCAAGAUUGCGGAUGAAGAGAAAAAUCCACUUCAAAUCCUAGUUGUGGAUGACCAAAUGGUUCCAAUAACAAAUCUACCUUAUCCAGUCAAAGUGGAAAUUGUUGUUCUUGAUGGUGACUUUCCAACUGGAGAUGAUGACAACUGGACAGAAGAAGAAUUUGAGAACAACAUCUUGAGACAGCUUACUGGGCGAAGGCGACACUUGCUUGCCGGAGAAGUAAGGCUCACGGUGAGAGAUGGGUCAGCUACAAUUGGAGAUGUUGAGUUCACAGAGAGUUCGAGCUGGAUUAGGAGCAAAAAAUUUAGGCUGGGAGCACGAGUGAUACCAAGCCCAGGCUAUCAGGGUUUAAGGAUCCGUGCAGCGGUCACGGAAGCUUUCGUUGUUAAAGAUCAUCGUGGCAAGCAUCAUCUUCCUCGCUACUUAUCCCAUACGAGAAACAAUUCUGUAUAAGAUGCAAGGCAACAUUUUGCAACUUUGUGCUACAAUUCAUUCAAUUUUCAAUAGAAAGCAAGGAACAUUUUCAAUUAGCUCUUCUUUUUUCUUUUUCUUCUAAAUCAAGAAAACAAUCUGCAAUUUUACCGUGUCUACGGGUUUGCUGAAGAAUGUUAAAAUCCCAUGUCGAAACUUCACAAAAUAAAUUACCGCA